CGGAGCCGGCUUUGUAGGGCCGGCUGUGGCGGCGGCAACAUGGCGGACGUGCUGAGCGUCGGCGUGAACCUGGAGGCCUUUUCCCAGGCCAUCAGUGCUAUCCAGGCGCUGCGCUCCAGCGUGAGCAGGGUGUUCGACUGCCUGAAGGAUGGUAUGCGCAACAAGGAGACGCUGGAGGGCCGGGAGAAGGCCUUCAUUGCGCACUUCCAGGACAACUUGCAUUCAGUCAACCGGGACCUCAAUGAGCUGGAACGUCUGAGCAACUUGGUGGGCAAGCCUUCGGAGAACCAUCCUCUCCAUAACAGUGGGCUCCUGAGCCUGGACCCCGUGCAGGACAAAACUCCUCUGUACAGUCAGCUCCUUCAGGCGUACAAGUGGUCGAACAAGUUGCAGUACCACGCAGGACUGGCGUCUGGCCUUUUGAAUCAGCAGUCACUGAAACGCUCUGCUAACCAGAUGGGAGUAUCCGCUAAACGUCGACCAAAGGCUCAGCCCACGACCCUUGUCUUGCCGCCUCAAUACGUUGACGACGUGAUCAGCCGCAUUGACAGGAUGUUUCCUGAAAUGUCCAUCCACUUAUCCAGGCCCAAUGGAACGUCUGCCAUGCUUCUGGGGCUCCUUAGGAACCAGAAGAUUGCCCCGACGCUCCGUGCCCACUUGUGCCUGCUUUUCCCUCUGGCAGUGAGUGGCAUCCUUGUCCUGCCCCUUCUGGCAAACCUGCUGUGCCUUCGCAGAGACUGGGGUCUGGUGCUGCCUUGCAGGAAGCCCACCGUUACUUCUCCAGCCCGAGAUGAUUCCUUCCUGUGGCUCCUGAAGCCCUGAUUAUGCCUGUGGUGAAGGGGUGCGCUGUGUGCGGAGGUGUCCUGGAUUGACCUCACAGGGAUCCCUCUGCUGUCGGAUGCCUUUGGGCGGUACCUGCAGUAUCACACGCCACUGUGCCCAGAGCCUUUGCGAGGAGCCUGAGGGGACGUGCCCCACCCGUCGGGUGUCCUGACCCGCCUUCUUGCACAGCCCUUGGCACCGGACACGGGGCACCUGACAAAGAAGCAGCAUUCUCUCAGGACAGCAUACCUUCCACUGGGCAGAGAGACCGUAUGAGUUGUUGUUGUUGAUCUUGUUAUUAGAGAAACAGUAGCCUCCGUCAGCAGAUUCUUUGAGCCCCUGGCAGCUUGUCUCAGGGUUUGUAUGUGACCAACUGGAGGCAUCUCUCUCAGUGUCUACCGCCCUCAGUGAUGUGAAACAAAACUCUUCCCGAAUCAUAAUCUUUGUUUUGAAGAGUUAUAAACACAGGAGCCCAUGCCGCUCCUUUCUUUAGACGAUUGGGGUGUCCUGCUUCAGAUUUAUACACAGCAAUUGCAUCUCAUUAGCCCGGACUUAACACUGCAUAGACCAAGCGCUUAAAUAAUUGAAACUUUCCAGAGCUAUGUUAAAUCUUCAGCGGAUUUUAAAAGCCGUUUAUCUUGGUAUUUUACUUGGUUCCCUAAUCCCAAUCUACACAGUUGAUUUUUCCGCCAGUUAAUCUUUUCAUUGUGUCCAUGAGUUGAGAUAAAGCAGUUGCUCGAUUCUAAUAAAAGUGACACAUACAAUCCAUUUCAGUUGGCAAUUGAAUUAAAAAAUGAGUAUGAGUUUGUA